CGAGGAAAGCUCCCCUCUCACACAGCCGCGAUGAGCACAUACGCCACUUUCCCCGCAGCAAGGUCAGUAUAAAUCAGAAGGAGCCCGGCCACUCUGCGCAGACAGCCAACACCGCUCAAACCAGCAGCUUCUUUCUACCGCCAACAGGCAGCGCUCGCAACACAACCAUGGCGCAGGUGCGAAGUCUGGUUCUCUGCCUGGCCGCCGCUGCGGCGCUAGUGUUCGCCGAACCACCGUCGCACUCCGGGGGUUACAGCAGUGGUGGAGGUGGCUACAGCAGCGGGAGUGGUUAUGACUACAGUGGUGGCGGCGGCCAUGGAGAUCUCGGCGGGGGACUGGAUUUUGGAGGAGGUGGAGGGGGGCAUGGUGGUUACAGCAGUGGUAGCAUUGUGAAGGGAUUUUCAGGUAGUAGUAGCUACAGCAGUGGAGGUCUGAAGGGAAUUGGCAGUGGUGGAUUUGGAGGUGGCCAUGGAGGAAGCAGUUACAGCAGUGGUGGUUUCGGUGGUCUUGGAGGAAGCAGCUACAGUAGUGGUGGACUUGGAGGUGGUCACGGAGGUGGUUACAGCAGCGGAGGGCUCGGAGGAGGUUACAGCAGCGGAGGUCUGGGAGGAGGGUACAGCAGCGGAGGUCUGGGAGGAGGGUACAGCAGUGGCGGCUUCAAAGGAAUCAGUGGAGGAUUAGGAGGUGGUCACGGAGGUGGUUACAGCAGUGGAGGGCUCGGAGGUGGGUUUGGAGGAAGCAGUUACAGCAGCGGAGGCUUAGGAGGUGGACACGGAGGAAGCAGUUAUAGCAGUGGAGGAUUUGGAGGUGGCCAUGGAGGUGGUUACAGCAGUGGAGGGCUUGGAGGAGGGUACAGCAGCGGUGGGCUUGGAGGGGGUUACAGCAGCGGUGGGCUCGGAGGGGGUUACAGCAGCGGAGGUUUCAAAGGAAUCAGUGGAGGAUUUGGAGGUGGAAGUCUGAAAGGGUACAGCAGUGGAGGUCUUGGUGGGUACAGCAGCUACUCCGGAGGUGGCCUUGGAGGUUAUAGCGGCCAUUCAAGCAGUGGACUGGGCGGUUACUCUAGUGGUGGUCAUGGUGGUUACAGCAGUGGAGGGUUUGGAGGUGGAAGUCUGAAAGGAAUUAGCAGUGGGGGAUUUGGUGGUGGCCAUGGAGGUGGCUACAGUAGCGGUGGUUUUGGCGGUGGAAGUCUGAAAGGAAUAAGCAGUGGAGGUCUUGGAGGCUACAGCAGUUACUACUCUGGAGGUGGACUUGGAGGUGGCCACAGCAGCUACUCCAGCGGAGGUGGACUUGGAGGUGGCCACAGCAGCUACUCCAGCGGAGGUGGACUUGGAGGUGGCCACAGCAGCUACUCCAGCGGAGGUGGACUUGGGGGUGGCCACAGCAGCUACUCCAGUGGAGGUGGAGGAGGUGGAUACUACUGAAGGCAAACUCAUCUGAAACUUGGAUGAAGAAAAAUCUGACAGACUGAUCAAUGAUGAUGACACUCAACCCCAAUCCUUCAGUAUUACUCAUUUUAUUUAUUAUUUUUACCUUCAUUGAUUUACACAUUCAUAACUUGUAAUUUUCAUUUAUUGUUUUGUAAAAACCUUUCAUAUUUUGAUAAUAAAAACCUAAAAAAUGC